AAUGUUGGAUUCGGGUCAUAUAAGGGGGAGGAGCCAAAAAGUCGCAAGAUGGUCGCCCCAAUAACGAAAAGAGAAGAAAGUUCAUUCGCUUGAUUUGUUCUAACGCUGUUCAGCAACUUCUGAUUAACUUCUGUAAAACGCCCGGAGCCGCGAUGGCGGUGGAUGCAGCACUUUUUACCCCGGUGACUGUGAUCUCUCUGCUCGCCUGCGCCGCACAGUUUGCCGUCGGCUUUAUUUUGGCGCAAAUCUGGGGCAAAAAAUGUUCAGCCACCGAUAAGUGGGUCCUCGUCUGGCUGUUUUACGAUGCCAUUGUCCACAUUACUCUGGAGGGACCGUUUGUUUACAUGUCACUGGUUGGAACUGUUGCAACAUCAGAUGGUAUAUUCGCUGAGUUGUGGAAGGAAUAUGGCAAGGCAGAUCAGCGAUGGCUUCAUUCAGACCCAACCAUCGUAUCCUUGGAGCUGCUGACUGUGGUCUUGGAUGGAUUUCUAGCGUUGCUCUUGGUUUAUGCUAUCAUUAAAGACAAGCAUUACAGGCACUUUGUACAAAUCAGCCUGUGUGUGUGUGAGCUGUAUGGAGGCUGGAUGACCUUCUUCCCAGACUGGCUGCUUGGAAGUCCCAACCUGAAUACUAAGAACUGGCUUUACCUGUGGGUCUACCUGGUUUUCUUUAAUGGUGUGUGGGUUGUAGUGCCUGCACUCUUACUCUGCCAAUCAUGGAAAGAUCUUCAGAAAUCGCAUCAACAUACGAAGAAGAAGAAGCGAUAGAUAUGCCGGCUUGAUGUGUUUGUUUAUUAAUAAGCUGAGAGAAACCGAACUGUGAUCUUGAGCAGAUUGAGACAUGAUUCCUCAUAUUGUUUGUUCAUUAGAAGGAUCUUUAUUAAUUAAUAAAGUAGACCUCAUAGUGAUUAUUUGCUCCAGUUGCAUAAUCCAGAUGACGGAUUAUUUGAUUGUUCAGGUAAUAAUCUUAACAGUCCCGGAUUUAUUACUUUUUAUUUGUUAUUGAACAUUUGUGGAUUAAAUUGCAUUUUAAAAAAUAAAUAGUAGUGCUUUUUUUGAUAAACAAAUGACAAAAAGUAUUACUAAAUGAAUAAUUGGGUUUAUCUAAAACACACCCAAGAAGAUCUACCUCAGAAAUGCACGAAACACAGAAACAUGGCAACGCAAUGUAGCUAAUAAUUUUGUUAUAUUACGACAUACAAUCUUUGAUUUCUACAAUUAAACAUUGUGUAUAUAAUUUUA